GCCAAGUCAGAUCUGUGAUUGGUCUGUUGAUUUGGCUCCUUUCCUUCUUCCUUUCUUUCUUUCCCAUCAAUCAUAAAGUUGAUUUGGACAUGGUGACACAAAUCACCGGCCGCAACAUGUUGGUUUGCUGCCUAGAAUCUCAUCUCAUGUAUCAACAAAAAGAUUUCAACAAUAAGGAUGAUCGAUAUUGCAUUGUUAAUACUAUUAUUAUUUCAUGUAACGGUUGGAAGUAUAAAUAUGACGAUUUAUAUUUGUGAUCUCAACAGAAGCUAUAUUCAAACUCGAACAACUAGAAUUAUUUGAGGUCCAAAGAAAGCUCAAAACAAGAAUCCAUGUGUAAAUUGUGUUCGUUCGUCUAAGUUAAAGGGUUCUAACAUGCGCACACGAGUCACGACUUUCUCUUUAAACUCUAUCGGUACAUUUAUAUGUUACAUAUUUUUCACUAAAUAAUUUUGUUGGGCAUGUGACUCGGAUUCCGCCGCGCCAAAGAAACACCGACAUCAGAAGAGUUGGCCGUGAUACGGGAGCGAGCGAACACACCGUCGAGCGCCAAUACCAAGAGACGGGCGCACCAGCACUUGCGCGAGCAAGCACACCGGCGAGCGCCAAUACCAAGAGACGGGCGCGCCAGCACCGGCGCGAGUGAACACACUGGCGAGCGCCAAUACCUAGAGACGGGCGCAUCAGCACCGGCGCGUCCAAGGGCAGCUCGAGUCCAGCGUUGACUAGAUUAGCGAGUAUGGGAAAACGACGCCGCGUCCCACCUACCGAGUGGUCACAUCGCAGUCCUAGUCCUAGGUAUAAUGAAAGGCUAAAUGUACUUGUCCUAGGUAGAGGUAUGGUCUAGUCUUCUGACAUGUCAGUAGUCAUGUCACCAUGUAACUCACCCACCACCAUGUAGCUUAUAAAUAAGGCAUUUACUCCGGUGGGUGAGGGGAUUAGAUUUUUCAGACUCUAUCUCUAGACAAAAGAACAGACUUCUCUCACUAAAAGAGAACUCUCUCGGUUUCAUUCUUCCCUUUCUUUGUUCUUGAAUCCACGGCUGAUUCUCAUUGCUUAUUCUCCUCGACCCAUUUUCCCGAACCUCACUCCUACACUCAGUUAGGUUCAAACAAUUGGCGCCCACCGUGGGGCCGAGUAGAAAAAGUAACAGAAAUCCAACCAAUGGCAGAACCCAACUCCAACUUUCCCGACGAGGUGACACCCAUCAAGGCUAUGACAACCCCGAGGGCAUUCGCCGAAGGGAGCAACCUCAACGCGGUGCUCGUUGAGGAAGAAGAGCCCGAGCUGACAGCCAAGGAAAUGAGGCAGCUAGUGGCAAAGCAAAACAGCGUCAUAGCUGACAUGCAAAAGCAGAUGAGCCAAGUCCUCGCGCUCAUGAUGAGCAUGGAAGCCGCGACAGCACCGGGUGCAGCGCCUGUCUCACUACAACAAGGAGAAGCGUCAGGCGCAGCAGCGCCACCACAACAGGCGGAGGGCGCGUUGUCCGCGUCUGAAGCGCAACGAAUCGAACCACCAGGGAGGGCAGACCUCAGCUUCUUGGAGCAACAUCUGACUCCGCAAUUCCGUCCUAACCCACCCAGAAGAAUCCUACAUUAACCGCUGAGCGCGGAAAUAAUGGCGGAGCACCUAAGCGGAACGCCACCCACCCUCCCAACUUACAAUGGAACGACUGAUCCAGAGGAUCACGUCAGCACCUUCUGCCUGAGGAUGCAACUCCAGACUAACUCCAACGCGGCGCUAUGCAGAACCUUCCCGUCAACAUUCUCCGGAAUAUGCCUCGAUUGGUACAACCGCCUCCCAAAUGGAAUCAUUCGCUCGUUCGAGGAGUUCAUACUCCUGUUCACCACAAAGUUCGCAUCCUAGAAAAGAAGGCCGCUUCACCUCAAAGCGCUGAUAGAUAUCAGGCAGAAGGACGGAGAAAGCUUACGAGCAUUCUACGCCAGGUGGUCCAGGGUGGCAAUGGCCGUGAGAGACCUCACCCCAGAAACUGCCACCCAUCACCUCAUGGACGCCACCACCAACGUGGAGCUCAAACGAGCGCUAGUAAAAAGAUCUGUCACGC